GAUUUAAGAAUAAGGCCCGCAGGUAUUUUUAAAACAAGUUCCAACAAAGCUGUCCGCCUUCAAUAUCCUUCGAUAAUAAUAUCCACCAUUCCUGAUUGAAUUGAUUUAAAAAAAAAAAACACUUUUCCAAGAAGAAACAUUUUCCAGAGAGAGCCCAACCCAGUCAGGAUCCGACUUUUGCAGAAACCCAGUGUGUUUAUCUUUUUUAAAGGUCACUAUGUGAACUAAGACUUGUUUGGGUCCAACGUCUCGGAAUAAUAGAGGAUACAUAUGUGUAACAUUUUUAAACAAGCCUCGCAUGAAGGCGGACGGGCUUCAAGGUCGAUGUGAAUGUUGAAGUGACAGUUGAAGCCACAAUGGCGAGUCCUUUCCCGAGGAGAAGGAAGAUACAACUACUUGAGACAGUUACCUUUGAAAGAUGGACGCCCGCCAUAUAACUGGAAUAUUGCUGAGUGCGGCGUGACACACCAAACAAACCAAACCAAUUCCUCCGUAAGCAUCUCUGCCGAACGAGGGCGCCACAGUAACUUGUCUGGCAUUUUCUCGAUUACGAGAACUCGACCCAAAAUCUCCAACCGAUGCUGCAGCGGUCUCAGAAGGAGUUGGGGGCCGAGGCUAGUCAGGUGUCUCCGACGUUGUCCAGCGACGAGCCAGACGGUCCAUCAACACCCUUAUAUAAGGACUCUUUGCCUUCCAUCUGGAAAAGCGACUCGAAGGAAAUGCCAAGAUUGAGAUCUUCCUCGCUGUCCGACAUUCUGGAUGGGACGGAGGACAUCAAAGAUCCAUCGAAGCCCAGAGGACCAAAAAUAUCACGUGACCACUGGGAAAAACGUCGGUUGGUUCAGAAGUGCAAUGACUGCAACAAACAAAUUCAUCUGGUGUUUCGACAGAAGCAUUGUCGAAUGUGUGGUAAGAUAUUUUGCCUGCACUGCAGUCGUUACCAGCGACGUUUGUCCGACGACGCCUCGCCGAAUCCUGACGGCAAACUAUAUCGGGUGUGUCUCCCAUGCUACAAAGAAGGCGAAGACUUGGCGGUGGGGUGUGUGAAGUCAUGGACGCAGGAUUUCUUCAACAUGAGGUCGGCUGCGCACUCUAGAAAAUUCCCUGAGGGAAAGGAACCGGAACUAAAACUUUUAUGUGAGAUACCAAAGGUCUGUCAGCCAAUUUCCGAUAUGUUCCUCGAGGACAUCUCCAAGAGCAAACAGAUGAAGACAAAGCUGCAUAAUGCUGUUAAGAUUGCCAAGAGAAAGACGCUCUGCAGCCAAUGUGAUAAGGACCUUUUCGUUCCUAGUGACCGGAAGCAGUGCGUGGUGUGUGACGAGAUCUUCUGUAAGACGUGUUCCAGUAAGGACCUAGUGGUCUUCUACCCCCGGGGCGCUGUGCAUCAGAGUGACGAGGGACGGGCUCGGCCCGACAUGGACGUCAUUCAGCCUGGAACGGACGUAUCAAAGAUGGCGGAGAUGUGGCGCAACUACCGCGUGUGUUGUGAGUGCGUGAAGUACGUGGGGCGCGAGCUGCGUGUCUUCCACUUCAACCUUGAGCUGCAGAACAAACACCACGAAAUGAUCGACAUCAAGAACCAGAUUGUGGCCAUCCUUGAGCGAGAGUCGAUAACAAAUGCUCACGUGGGGACGCUCCGUCAAUCGUCAUCUAUGGACAUGCUUGAUGAUCUUUCUAAUCGUGGUGAGGACGACCCGUGGUCAAUGUCUGAAGAUGUCUUCCUCUCCUUGUGUGACGCAAAGUUGGUGGAGGAGCGUGUUAUCCAAAAGCUUUUUGACAGAUAUUAUAAAAGAUAUGAAGAGGUGCGUUGUCUGAAGCCAGUUACCAGUACACAGGCCAGUCUUCAAAAGAAAAUCAUUUCGUCCUCCACGAAUUUUUACAACGAGACACGACGGAGUUUCCGUGACCGCUAUACAAGCUUGAGCUCCACCGGAAGCAACAAUCAGGAAGGACAUCAAUGACCGUUUCUACAACCCAACGAAGUGUUCAACAAUCAGUUCAUUCCAUUCGUAACUACUUGUCCCUUUUCGUAAUCAGAAAGAAGGUUACGGAAAGGAACGAGUUGUUACGAAUGAGUCCAUUCGUGAACCCAUUCGUCACCACUCGCCCCUUUCCGUAAUCUCAAGAAGCUAUUCGGCUUGUCCCGGAAUAACACGAGUUGGUCAAAUGUCGUGAACCGUGACUACUCGUGUUAUUCCGGGACUAUCGUGUUACGGAAAGUGCCGAUGAGGCACGAAUGAAAUCAAUCCGAAUCUUCCCGGUGAAGACCGAAAGGCGUGACUAUAUAUACUUUAGGGCAUUCCAGUGCAGGUGCAUGUGAUGAAAUACACCUCAGCGAAGAUUGUUUCUUCCCCGUGACUUGUCUCAUACAUACAUAAAAUAGUUGUAUGGUAGUAGUUACCACAGUUUGUUGAUCUGAACAUGAAGCUCACCAUAGUGAUACUCUCUCUCUCUCUCUCUCUCUCUCUCUCUCUCUCUCUCUCUCUCUCUCUCUCUCUCUCUCUCUCUCUCUCUCUCUC